UCGGAUUCCACGGAAGCUGAUCGAGGUCAAGCUUCCCCUCCACAAGGUCCACCCCUCAAUUUAUUGCUUCCUCCGAGUUUGCAGCGACUGGACUGUUUUCUUCUCCUCUUCAGUUCUAAACCCACCGAUGCCUAGGCGGUAGCUUUGAAUCCAAUGUCAGCAAGCGAUGGGACCGGUAUUGCGGCUCACUUGACGGGAGGAGCAGGAGAGCAGCAGGCUCAGAUCCCAAAGACGGAGACGUCCAAGGAUGUGCAGAACGAGCGCCGUCAGUCAUUCAAGCGCCGCCAUGGUUUUCUUGUUGCCUUCUUUACUCUGAUUUUACUAUUCCACGUCUUGGGCAUUUUCCUCUUCCUUAGCGGCUUCCUCCUGACACGCCUCGUGCUGGACCACAAGUCCGAAUGCGCCGUACCUCCCACUCAUCUGGCCUCGUCCUACACACCUGGCUCACCCAUCGAUGGCUGUUGGCAUCCCAAAUCCUUCGACAAGGCCGUCGUCAUCAUUGUCGACGCUCUUCGCUACGACUUCACCGUGCCCUGGUCGCCCAAGCACCCGCAGCAAGCCUCUCAACACUUCCACAAUGCUCUGCCUAUCUUCUGGGAUACUGCCGUAGCCGAACCCGAGAAUGCCUUCCUCCUGCCCUUCAUCGCCGACCCGCCUACCACCACCCUGCAACGUCUCAAGGGGCUGACGACCGGCACUCUUCCCACUUUCAUUGAUGCUGGCUCCAACUUCGCAGGCACUGCAAUUGAGGAGGACAACCUGGUCGCACAGCUCAAGGCUGCUGGCAAGAGGAUAGUACACCUCGGUGAUGACACAUGGCAUUCGCUCUUUCCUGGAUACUUCGACCCUGAACUCACCAGAGCCUACGACUCCUUCAAUGUCUGGGAUCUGCACACGGUCGAUAACGGCGUCAACCAUCACAUCUUCCCUCUCUUGCACUCUUCAAACACAUCUUCUUGGGAUGUCAUCUUUGGACACUACCUAGGCGUCGACCACGCUGGCCAUCGCUACGGUCCCGAUCAUCCUGCAAUGGCCUCCAAGCUUCAGGACAUGAACGCCGUAUUUGAGAGGAUGAUCGCCGAGCUUGACGAUCAGACCUUGCUAGUUGUCAUGGGUGAUCAUGGUAUGGACGCAAAAGGCGAUCACGGUGGAGAGUCGGACGACGAAGUCGAAGCCGCUCUUUGGAUGUACUCCAAGAAGGGCUUGUUUGGCCGUCGUGAUAAAUCCGCCGCGAAGCCUCCAAUCACAGCCAAGGAGAGGCCGGUGGCUCAAAUUGAUCUGGUUCCUACUCUGUCUUUGCUUCUUGGUCUGCCCAUCCCCUUCAACAACCUUGGUCGCCCAAUUGAAGAGGCUUUUAUUGGCAGAAAAUCUGAUGACUAUCGAAAUCUCGCUGAAGUAAGUCACUUGACUGCUGCACAAAUCCACAGAUACCAAAAGGAAUACUCCGCCGUUCGCAAACUCGAUUCGGCCUCUACACUGCCCCCUGAGACCCUCUGGGAGGCGGCCUCUAAGGUCUGGGAUGAGCUUGAGAACACGAAGAAACCUUCUCUCAAUCUCUGGAAAGCAGCCUACUCUCAGUUCGGUGCCUACCAACAUGAGAAUCUGCGUGUGUGCAAGAGUCUAUGGGCCCGCUUCGAUCUCGCCAGCAUGGCGAUGGGUAUCAUAUUACUUUCUGGUGCACUUCUCACCAUCGUCAUCUUUGCGAACGGCUACAAAGGAGAUCGUGGUGAGAUCGCUUCUAGCCUCUGUAUGCGUGGUGUGAUCGGCAUGGCCGUCGGAGCUGGCGCAGGCCUUCUCCUGACAGGACUGACUCCUGUCUCCUGGAUCAAUUCUGUCGCAUUCUUCUCAGGAGCGAGUGGUAUCCUAGGCACGCUCUCUUGCUUUGCAUCUGCACCCUCGAAGCUCCGUGCCCCGUUACCCACCUCUUUUUGGGGCUGGAUCUGCACAAUUCCACCGGUACUCCUCUGCAUCGGCUUCGCUUCCAACUCGUUCACCAUUUGGGAAGACGAGAUUCUGCUAUACAUGCUUUGCUCCAUCGGCGCAUUGAUGCUUGCGUCUUCCUUGCGCCUACAGAACCCUCAGGAGCGUCUGCUCGGUUCUUGGCACUCGGUCUCGUUCAUCGUUCUUACUCGGCUCGCAUCUCUUUCUCGCCUCUGUCGUGAAGAACAGAUGCCAUUCUGCAGAUCGACCUACUAUGCUUCCGCGACUUCUUCGACCUCAGCUUGGUGGCAGCUUACCAUCCCCUUCAUCAUUGCUGUUAUCCUGCCAAGUGCCAUACGCGACUUCUUCGCUCGUACGAAAAACUACCAAGGCACAGCUGUACUGUGGUUGAGUAUCGCUUUCCGUGUGGGACUUGUCUUUUCUGCAAGCUACUGGAUCCUUGAUGCAGCUGAUGACAACGAGUGGAUCCCUCAGAUCUCUAGCGAGAAUCUGAAGACAAUUCGUGUGUUCAUCGCGCAAGCCAUCCUAGGUAUCGCUUGGGCUGCUGGUUACAGCGCGUACCUCUACUCUGCUCCUUUCCUGGGCGUCGAGACCGAGACACCAGCACCUGAGACGGAGCUCAUGGAUCCUACGGACCCCACUUCGGCCAUGUUUACACCAGUCAAGCCACAACAGCGCAAGAAACUCAUUAUCCUUGGUUAUGCCAACACUCACGGCACUAGAUACUUCCUCUUGCCCACUAUCUGGGCGCUGGUACUUCUCCUUCUCCAAAAGCCCAUGGGUCAAGGUACGCUUGCGCUAUGCUUGCUCAGCAUUCUCAACCUGCUUGAGAUCAUCGAUGCCAAUGAUUUGCGCAACUCUCCAUUGGGACCUGUUACCUUGGCUCUGAUGGCUGGCUUCUACUUUUUCAAGACGGGACAUCAAGCCACGCUCUCCUCGAUCCAGUGGGAAUCCGCAUUUAUCCCGCUAAAGACCAUCAAGUAUCCUUGGUCGCCCAUGUUGGUCAUUAUGAGCACAUUUGCGCCGUACAUCCUCUGUGCACUUGCUGUUCCGACAAUCGCUUUCUGGAAGGUACCUCCCCGUACCCCGGGCCUGAUUGAUCAAGUCGCCAAGGCACUUGCUACUCAUGUAGUCUUCUACGCUGCUAUUGCUCUUGCGACUGUUGUUGAAGCAGCCUGGCUGCGUCGUCACUUGAUGCUUUACCGCAUCUUCAUGCCCCGCAUGUUGCUUGGUGUUGUAGUACUCGUAGUUGUGGAACUAGUUGGCGUUAUCGUUGGUCUGAUAGGUAUCAGAAGCAGCAUUCGCAGUGUAGCAGAGGUGUUUGGAUGGGGUCCUCUGGUUGAGGCAACACCUGUCCAGGAGAUUCGGCCUACCACUACCGAAGCAGUGGCUGAAACAGUGGCGGUCUCUGAGGAGACCAAGAAAGAAUAGAUCUCUGCAUAGGGUUUUCAUGAAUCUGGGUGGGAUAUGACUCAUAUAUAGACUUUAGCAUACGCAUUUUUGUUUUCAAUUAGAGCAAUCCGAUUUUGAAGAACUUUAUAAAAGUGCAUGGCAC